CCAGCCUCACGCCCUAGCCCUCCUCUGCACGGAGCCCCUGCCCUAUAGGCUGGGCCCAUGAGAGACCAAUGGGGAGCAACCAAGAGGAGCAGAUCCUGCACUCGCUAAGCCAGCUGGGACCGGAUGCAGACCUCCUGGACGACACUGGUGUUGCCAGGCCUCGGGCCGCUCUCCUGGAGAGGCACCUGCCGGAGGGGGAGAAACAGCCCCACAGCAUCGGGCAGGGGCCCUACUUCUACGUCGGAGGCACCAAUGGGGCCUCCAUAAUCAGCUCCUACUGCAGGGGCAAGGGCUGGCAGCGCGUCCAAGACAGCCGGCGUGAGGACUGUAAGCUGAAGUGGUGUGAGCUCAAGUGCAGAGACAACUACUACCGCUUCCGGGAAGGUGAGCAGUUGUUGUACCAGAUUCCCAACAACAAGCUCCUCACCACCAAGAUCGGGCUGCUCAGUGCCCUGAGGGAGUACUCAAGGGUUGUGAACAAGAUCCACAAGACAGCACCAUGUGCCCAGGCCAAGGUCCUGAAAAUGGAAGAAUUUUUCCCAGAGACCUACCGUCUGGAUAUCAGGGACGAGAGAGAGGCUUUCUUCACUCUCUUCGAUGAAAAUCAGAUAUGGAUCUGCAAGCCCACUGCCUCCAACCAGGGCAAAGGCAUCUUUCUGCUGAGGAACCAGGAGGAAGUCGCCGCCCUACAAGUCAAGACCCAGAGCAUCGAGGACGAUCCCAUCUACCGCAAGAUGCCGUUCAGGGCGCCUCAGGCGCGGGUCGUGCAGAGGUACAUCCAGAACCCCCUGCUACUGGAUGGGAAGAAGUUUGAUGUGCGCUCCUACCUGCUCGUUGCCUGUGCCGUGCCGUACAUGGUCUUCUUUGGCCAUGGCUAUGCCCGUCUCACCCUAACCCUUUAUGACCCCCAUUCCAGCGACCUCAGCGGCCACCUGACCAACCAGUUCAUGCAGAAGAAGAGCCCCCUGUACGUGCUGCUCAAGGAGGAAACAGUGUGGAGCAUGGACCGCCUCAACCGCCACAUCAACAACAAAUUUAGGAAGACCAAGGGGCUCCCCAGAGACUGGGUCUUCACCGCCUUCACGAAGCAGAUGCAGCAAAUCAUGGCCCACUGCUUCCAGGCUGUCAAGUCCAAGCUCCACUGCAAGCUGGGCUACUUCGACCUCAUUGGCUGUGACUUCUUGAUUGAUGAGAACUUCAAGGUGUGGCUGCUGGAGAUGAACUCCAACCCUGCCCUGCACACCAACUGUGAAGUCCUGAAGGAGGUGAUUCCAGGCGUGGUCAUGGAGACCCUGGACCUGGCAAUCGAGACCUUUCAGAAGAGCUUGCGCAACCAGAAGAUGCUGCCUCUGCGGUCACAGCGCCGCUUUGUGCUCCUGCACAACGGCGAGACGGACCUGUGGCCGCGCUUUGGGGGCUCCCGCAGCGCCCUCCGCCCGCCGCUGCCGCCGCCCCGGCCUGCGUGCGAGGCCGACUGCUCCGCGCCACCUCCGCUCAGCGCAGCCGACGGUCCGGGCGCGCGCAGGCCCGCGCUACCCCGGAGCCCCGGGGGCGCGCACGGGCGGCCACCCUCGGCGCAGAGGCGGCCCCGACCGCCCGGCCCUGGCCCCGACGGCGCCCAGAGCCGGGAGCCCGCGGCCGAGGGGCCGCGAGCGGGCGCUGGGGAGCCGGCGCGAGAGUCCCCCCCGGGGCUGGGAGAGGAGGAGCGCGAGGAGCGCAAGAACGCGGGUCAUCGCGGCUCCUAG